UCUUUUUCUCCCAAGUCUUUAACAUUUGCCUCGCAGACCCCAACUUCUCUGACUCUGCAGAAAAAAUGGCGUCUUUCUAAAACCCUAACCCUAACAUUAAAACCCUGAAUAAAGCUCAUCUCUUCCCUACACAAACCAUGAGCCAAGACGCCAUGAACAUUGAUCAAACAGCAAUCCAAACCCAAUCAAAAUCCCAAACCACAACAGGUUCUUUAUCAUCAUCACUAUCUAACCUUUCAGGCUCUUCUAGAACCAUUCCAUCAAACAAAGAUUUUCACUUUUACUACAAUUUCGAUGAAUUCAAGCUCCCAAUACAACAGAUUGCAAGAAGGUCACAAUCUUUACUCGAAUCAAUUGGCUCCUCUAAUAAUGGUCUUUUCAAGGAUAAAAAUCUUCCCUAUCCUAAUGACCCUGACAACGAUGAUGAUACUUAUGACUGGCUUGUCAAUGUAAAUGAUGAGAUCUUGGAACGUUUUGAUGCGUCUAUCGAUGAAUUUAAGAGUAUUCAAAAGAAACAAGAGGAAAAAGGUGGAGUCUUGGGAACUGAGAAUGAGAAUUCUGAGAGCGGGUUUCAAUUGGUUUAUGGGAAGAAAAAGAAAGGGCUAGUGAGUUCAGUGAGUGGGUCGCCGAGUGGCGGUUCAGUGAGUGAGUCUGGAGUUAAGGUGGCUGAUUUGAAGGCUAAAGGAGUUAAAGCUAAAGUUCCUUUUCAUAUACCUACUAUAAAGAAGCCUCAAGAGGAGUAUAAUAUAUUGGUUAAUAAUUCUAACCAGCCUUUUGAGCAUGUUUGGUUGCAGAGGAGUGAGGAUGGAUUGCGGUUCAUUCAUCCUCUGGAGAAGCUUUCUAUUUUGGAUUUUGUGGAUAAAAGUAUUGGGAAUGCUGAGCCUGUAUCACCACCCUCACUGGAGUGUACCCCAUUCAAGCUUGUAAAAGAAGUCAAAGAUUUGAAGGAGCUGGCAGCUAAGUUGCGUGCCGUAAAUGAAUUUGCGGUUGAUCUGGAACAUAAUCAGUACCGCUCUUUCCAAGGAUUAACGUGCCUGAUGCAAAUUUCUACGAGAACUGAGGAUUUCAUUAUUGAUACAUUAAAGCUUCGGAUACAUGUUGGCCCAUACCUUAGGGAAGUUUUCAAGGAUCCCACCAAGAGAAAGGUCAUGCAUGGAGCAGACAGGGAUAUUAUAUGGCUUCAGCGGGACUUUGGCAUAUAUGUAUGCAAUCUUUUCGACACUGGACAGGCCUCACGAGUAUUGAAGUUGGAGAGAAAUAGUUUGGAGCAUCUUUUGCGCCACUUCUGUGGAAUUACUGCCAACAAAGAAUACCAGAAUGCAGAUUGGAGAUUACGCCCUCUUACUGAUGAGAUGCUUAGAUAUGGCAGAGAAGAUACUCAUUAUCUGUUGUAUAUUUAUGACUUGAUGAGAAUCAUGUUGCUCUCGAUGCCGAAUGAAACUGAAAAUUCUAAUAGUCCUUUGGCGGAGGUCUACAAACGCAGUUAUGAUGUGUGCAUGCAAUUGUAUGAGAAGGAGCUUCUGACAGAAAGUUCAUAUCUGCACAUAUAUGGGUUGCAGACUGCUGGUUUCAACGCUCAGCAGCUUGCCAUUGUUGCAGGACUCUGUGAGUGGAGAGAUGUAAUUGCCCGUACAGAAGAUGAGAGUACAGGCUUUAUUUUGCCUAACAAAACUCUUCUUGAAAUUGCAAAACAGAUGCCUGUUACACCUCAGAAGUUACGUCGAGCAUUGAAGUCAAAGCACCCAUAUAUUGAGCGAAACCUUGGUUCAGUUGUUAAUGUCGUGAGGCAUGCUAUGCAAAAUGCCGCUGAAUUUGAAGCUGCUGCUCAACGUUUAAAGGAGGGAUGCAUAGAAACAGCCUCACAGGACAAUGUAGAAGUAAAUGACGAUAUGGACAUGGACACAAAUCUGGAGACUGCAGAAGCUGGAACUGAGACCAUUUGUGAUGGCAGUGCAGUAGAGGGCAGUGAGAAUGCCCUCCAAACAGAUUCUCCACAGCUCAAAAAGGAGCCCUUGAAGGCAGCACUUGCCAUAGAUGGUCAGGAACAUGCUUCAAAAUAUGGUGAAAAUGGUGUUGGAUCUAGUCAUUAUAUUCCGGAGCUUCGCAGAGACAGCCUACCCAUCUGUCCUUCAGCCUCGGGUACUGGAGCAACUGUUCAAGUUUUAAAGAAGCCAGCUGGUGCUUUUGGAGCACUGCUGGGAAAAAGUUCUGCAGGGAAGAGAAGAUUUGAUAUGGCCAAAAAGGACAAGGAUGAGAUCAAGUUGGAUAAGAUCAGAUCUUCAGUAAGCCUUCCCUUCCAUUCAUUUUUGGGCAGAAAAGAACCGGCAAAACCAGCUGCAGAAGAGCCCAAUCUGGUAACAGAAACUCCACGUCCUGAAGAAUCAUUUGCUGUCCCAGCUACCGGUUCCAGUCUAGAAGAUAUAAUACUGCUGGGUGACAAUUCGGAUGUAGUGGUACAAGAGAAUGUUGAUUCAGAUACGAAAGAUGUAAGCAAAUCAGUAGGGUGCGAGUCUGAAACAGAUGAGGAAGGAGAACCUGCAUCUCUCUCUGAUCUGUCAACAAGCUUCCAGAAGUGCUUCCAGUCAAAUAAUGAGAACAAAACAAAUGAAAACAACAUGCAGAAGUCUCAGGAUCCGACUGGCCUCUUACAACUGAAGCCAUUUGAUUAUGCUGCAGCAAGAAAAGAGGUCAUAUUUGGAGAAGAAUCAAAAGCAGCGAGUGGCGGCAAAGAUCAGAGCAGGAAUGAUGGUGUAAAAGAUAGGAGAAAGAAUUCUGUGGGCGGUGGAGUUGAGAAAGACGAUGGGACAAGAGAUUUUCCUCAAGGUAAAAGACGUCAGGCGUUUCCAGCCACUGGAAACCGAAGUGCAACUUUUCGAUGACUCUGUGGUAACUAUUAUGCUCUUGUAUAACAGAAAAAUGUUGCAGCAAUUUCAUUUAUUUUUUGUUUUUUUUUGAACCUCAGUUGUUAAAACAGUUAAAAAGAACAUAAAAGGAAAAGAGAGGAGAAAAAAAAAAAAGAAAAGAAAAAUCGAAAUUGAAAGAAA